GUAACCUGGCCGAGGUAGGUUCGUGUCGGACUUCAGUCUUUCUCUUCUUUUUCCAUUACACUUCAUCUGCAAUAUCGUCAUCGGCUCCUAUGUGAUUGCACGCGUGCACAUGCAACAGCAAUGUUCGCACCAGUUGACCUGGGACCCACCAUUCGAAUUACGGCCUUCACGUUGACGGCCUUCUCCACUCUCGUUGUUGCCGUGCGAUUCUACUGCCGCCUAUCGGUGGUGGGCAAGUUGAAGUCGUAUGAUUAUAUCAUGAUGGCUUCGGUGCUCUGCACCUGGGGCCUUUGUGUCGAGAACCACUACCAGUUGCUCACAGGUAGUGGCGUACGUUUUCCGCCUGGGUGGAAGCCAACCGGCGUCACAACUCCCGAGAUAAAUCGUGUAUUGCGGAUUGCUGCAAUAUCAUGGUUCGCAUACCGGAUGACAUACGUGAUCACCCUCGGCCUAAUCAAGAUAUCCAUCUUGGUGUUUUACCUGAGCUUUGCGACAUCUCGUACCUUUCGACGUCUAGUCCUCCUUUCCUUAGCUAUCGUCUCAGUCUUCACAGUGGUCACAGCCUUCCUCAACGGCUUCGAAUGUCCGUACAAUCCUUCUGUAACUCUGGAUCAAAGGAUAUUCUUUCCCAAAUACUCGUCACGGUGUCUCAAGCGCCCGGUUCUCUACUUCAGCCAAGCCGCUUUCAACAUGUUCUCCGAUGCCGCCAUUCUUAUCCUCCCGAUGCCGUCCUUAUUCCGGCUCCGCAUGCCGACACCAAAACGGGCAUCCCUCAUAGCGGUGUUCUCCGCCGGUCUCCUGGUCCCGAUAGCGUCCGGUUUCCGUAUCUGGGCACUAUACGUGUGGGCCACUGGCGGCCAGGAUGGUCGAUAUAAAGGAGCAUACAUGAUGUUCUGGGGUCAGGUCGAGAUCAACACGGCCAUCGUAUGCGCCUCUGCCCCCUCACUGCAACCGAUCUUCAAACGCCUCUUCCGGAUAUUGGCCAGCUAUCGAACACACAGCGCUUUCUACGAUUACGGCGAGGGAUCCCCACCUCGCACGGAACUGGCCCCUCCUCCGCGUCGGAGAGUACAGUCUACUUUCAUGAGCACAUUGGAACUACCGUCUCCUACCUACCAGGUCAACAGCCCUCCUAUGAGCACUGCCGCGGAAAGAAGGGUGGUGAUCGUGCAAAAGACGGAUAUCGGAGAGGAAACGCGGAGGGAAGUGAGACAUUUCGCAUCGAAUAGCACGUUGGGGGAUUUGAACGAGGCCAAAGUUGUGGCCAAGCCGAGAGAAAUCCUGCCGUACGGAUGA